AGGAAGUAGGAGACGCUCGCCCUGUCUCUCUCUCUCUCUGUCUCUCUCUGUGUCUCUCUCUGUGUUUGUCUCUCUCUGUGUCUCUCUCUGUGUCUGUCUCUCUCUAUGUCUCUCUCUGUGUCUGUCUCUCUCUCUGUCUCUCUCCGUCUCUUGCUUUAUUGAGAGGUAGGGUGAGAGGCAGGUGAAGGGUGAGAGGUGAGAGAGACAGCGGGAUGGAGACACCUGGAGCUUCAACUCCAUCCUGACGAAAAGGAACUUCGCUCGUAGCGUUUGUCCUCUCAUUUGUGGAGAUACGAACUGAAGAUGCCCAUCGGAUCAUCAUCAUCAUGAUAAGAAGAAGAGGGAGAAGAGGAUGUUGGUGGUUCGUGGCGGGGGUGGUUUCCGAACGGGGGAAGAUGCUCACGGCGGUGCUGGCGCUGUGCUGCUGUGUCAGAUUGAUGGCUGCGACACCAACAGAGUCUCCGUGUCCUCAUGAAUUCCACCACGUGUUAGAAACUGGCCUUUGCUGUGAGCGGUGCAAGCCAGGGCAAUUCGUUGAGAAUAGAUGCACAGAAAACAAAGGCCCCACGACCUGUCGGGAAUGUCCUAACGGAUACUACACGGCCGUAGAAAACUACGAAUCAAGAUGUAGGAAAUGCAAGGAAUGUGAGGAAGGGGAGGAAAUUGUCCAGACUUGCACCGAGAGCUCCAAUACGCUGUGCCGAUGUAAAGCCGGUUUCCACAGAGUAGACGAGUUCUGCACACAAGAUCCAAGCAAUGCAACGCCAACUCCGACUGGUGCAACCAGCGGAGGCAAGACAGCGGGCAUUGUGGUGGCCGUGAUUCUGCUUCUGUUUGUCGCUGUUGCUGUUGCUGCGUUCAUUUACAAGAAGAAGGGUGGAAGAUUUCCUUGCGAAGGGGAGCCUGGUAACUCUAAUCAGCAAGAAUCGACUCCAUUGGGCCUGUUUAAUUUGAAGGCCCCAAUCCCUGAGACUGGACCUUCUGCAGAGGUUCGAGACAUGGAUGAGUCGAAGGCUGCCAAGCUGAUCAAAAGGAAGAGGCCGCAACUGAAGAAGUGGGUUGGCAGGGACCCCACGUACCUGCUCGACUACUUGGACAGCAGGGGUUGGAUCUCUCGUGAGAAAUACCACGAGGCCAAAGACAUCACGGGGAAAGUGGAGCGCGCCGACUUUUUGAUCAACGAGUUCAUCGACAGGGAAGAGUGCCUCAAGCUCUGGAGGGCUCUCGAAAGCCUACAGGACAAGUACCCCCAGCUGACGGAGUGGAUCUCAGCCUGUGCAUCGACCAUGCCUCACACUUGUGACAGGAAGCCUGGUCACUCUAAUCAGCCAGACUCGACUGCAUUGGAUCAAGAUGAACAGCAAAUCACACAGAUUUAUCCUAAACGACAUACUCGGGUCCCUGUAAUUACUGAAAAGGAGCUGCUGCAGAUCCACCAGACUUUGCGCGACAACGGCUUCAUCUCGGACUACCCCCACGUGAUGAGACUCGCGGGCCUGGCGGAAUCCUUCGUCAGCGAGGCAAGCGAGAACCACGGGCGGAACGUGAACGAGAGGAACUACGCCAUGCUCAGGCACUGGAGGGAGAGCCUGGGCCGGCGGGCCACCUACGGCAGGCUGGCCGAGGCGCUGAACAAGGCCGGCUUUAGUGGAACGGCGGAGAUGGUGAUGAAGCUGUGCGACAGCUUCGUUAGGCGGGAGGAUGAGGAAGAGUGGCGGGAGGAGGAGGUGCAGGACAUACAUAUAGACUUCUAGAGACACAACAGUAAGAAGUGGAGGAGGAGCAAGAGUAGGAGGAGUUGGUGGUGGAGGUCUUCCUCUUUUCGUUUUUCUCAGUAUGUGUCGUUCGUUUUAUAGUUUUGUAACUUCAACUCUGAGGAUGGUGAUGAUGAUGGUGGUGCUGAUGGUGGUGGUGUUGAUGGUGAUGUGGUGGUGAUGAUGAUGGUGGUGCUAAGCGGUGGGGAUGAUGGUGGUGAUGGUGGCGGUGAUGAUGAUGGUGGUGGUGGUAAGCGGUGGUGCUGGUGGUGGUUUGUAGCUGUGGAGAGCGGUGGUGGUUAGCAGCGUCUACUACAACACUAAAGACGCCCACGAGCUCCUGUGUACCAGGCCAGGUAGUUAACAUCUCGCCAGGGUCCAGGAUCGAACCUACGACCCUCCUUUAUACCAGGCGAGGUAGUUAGCAUCUCAUAGGGUCCGGGAUUGAACCCACGACCUGUGUACCAGGCCAGGUAGUUAACAUCUUUGCCAGGGUCCGGGAUCGAACCUUUUGCCCUCCAGUAUACCAGGCGAGGGAGGUAGCAGCUUCUGCUACAAAAAGGCAAAGAGGGCAGAGUUCGAUUGUCGCUCAAGGCCACCACCGACCAACCACUCACCACUACCACCUAACCGGGCCUCCCCUAGGUCAGCUCAGGUCUUAAAUGAGCUGUCCCUGCUUACUGCGGUGGAAUCGUAGCAGUAGUGGUCAUUAAACAUCGCCACUGGGGAGAGAGACAAAGGCGGCAGGGCGUGCGUGGUGUUGACUAACCCACCCAUCCACCCAGGCACCUCGUGGUGCCAGAGUACCGACAUUCAUAAGCACCGCUGCUGCUGCUCGCUACUCACUAACAGCCACUUGGGUGAGUGAGUGUGUGGGUGAGUGUUUGGAUGAGUGAGUGGGUGAGUGAGUGUCUGGGUGAGCGAGUGGGUAAGUGAGUGUCUGGGUGAGUGUCUGGGUGAGUGUCUGGGUGAGCGAGUAGGUAAGAGAGUGGGUGAGAGAGUGCGCGAGAGAGUGUGGUGCCUCAAAUAUUGGAAGAAGAAGUCACCCCCUGUGAGUGGCUGUCUGAGGUGCCAUCUGUUGAGGAAGUACUGAAGGCGAUCCGGAGUCUGAGACCAGGAAAAGCACCGGGCAGAGAUAAUCUCCCAAGCCAAAUGCUGAGGAAGGGUGGCGUUUGUGCACAGACUGCCCUACAUGACAUCAUAAGAACUGUCUAGACCAGUGGAGGGGAUCCACAGGAGUGGAAGGAUGCCCUGGUGGUCCCCCUCUUUAAGAAGGUUGACCGCACAGACUGUAACAACUACAGGGGCAUCUCACUCCUCAGUGUGCCCAGAAAGGUCCUGGCAAGGAUUGUUAAACAUCGCCUUGCUAGGCACGCUGAGGAAAGGCUUGCUGAGCCUCAAUCUGGUUUUGAGAAAGGGCGGUCCUGCACGGAUGCCAUAUUUUCUGUCUGUCUCCUACAGCCAAAGUGUAGGGAAUUCCCACAAGACUUACAUCUCUGCUUUAUUGACCUGGUCAAGGCCUAUUAUACCAUCAGUAGGCCUGAGCUCUGGGUUGUUCUUUGUGCUUUCGGAGUCCCUGACCCACUGCUCACGAUCAUUAAGGACCUUCACCAUGGUGAGCGGGCCCGGGUUAAACUACGUGGCUGGGAAUCGGAGCCAUUCCCUGUUCUCUGGCACCGACAUUAUUUAACAUCUAUUUCGACCACGUAGUUCGUGAAGCCUUCAAUUGCUGUAUGGGAGGGAUUUCCAUCUGGUACAGAUACAAUGGGAGUCUGAUCGAUGCCCAGGUGCGGUCAAGGGAUGGCUCCCUAUUGCUCAACCAUGUUAUGUAUGCCGAUGAUCUGGUAAUUGCUGCUCACUCAGAGGAGAAGUUGGAGGCGCUGCUGCUGAACCUGGAGUGUGCCACUAAGAGGUGGGGCUUUACCAUCAGCCCCACCAAAACUUAAGCACCUGCCUGGAUAUUUUGUACCAUCGGACACUCCACCCCCACGACUCCCAAUUGGUGAUAGGGCAGUUGUAGAGAGAGUGGAGAGCUUCCCAUACCUGGGCAGUGUGCUCAUGACCGGCUCUGGUUUAACAGCAGAGGUCUCACUCUGAAUCAGUCGAGCGGCAUCUUUUCAUCAGUUGCGUAACGCUGCGUGAAAGCUACCUGGUCUGUUGCUCCAAACCAAGCAUCAGGUCUGCUCGGCCACAGCCCUUCCUUCUCUAUGAUUGCAAAACGUGGACCCCCCCUAAUGGAACAUCUUCGCCGGUUAGAAACAUUUAGGCUGGCCUUCCUACGAUCCAUCCUGGGUUUAACCAGGCAGGAUUGUGUGAGGAGCUCACACAGCCUUAAAUAUCUGGUCAAAGUCCCAAUGGUGAGCUCCUCUGGCAGGCAGGGCUGCAUUGGAUGGGUCCUGUAGCCCGCAUGCCCAGCCACCGCAUGCCUAAACAAGUUUUGUUCAGCCGGAUAGAUGGGGCUAAACAGGCACGGCAUGGGCUGGAAAAGUGAUGUGGUACAGGAAGAUCAGCCUCUGUGGAGGCGGCUUGUGAAGGAUGCUAUUGGGCAGUCGGAUGCAGUCGCCCUCCAACAACAACGGAGGGCAGAGGAGCGAUGCUCACAACAAUGAACGGAGCGCCAGGUGGCUAAAGCACAGCAAGUUGGCACAGUAGGGAGCACAGGUGGUGCAUUGGCUACUCAUCUCAAUUUGUCAACCCGUGGCACCUGGAUCUGCCCCGUGACCUGCUAGCGGGCGUUCGACACUCACUUGGCCUCAACGUGUACAUAUCCUGGCACAAGUGCCACUUAGUGACGAAUGGCGGUUUUGUUGUUGUUGAGUGUGUGUGUGGGUGAGUGUGUUGGUGAGUGAGUGACUGUGGGUGAGUGACUGUCUCCCGAAAACCAACCCCUCGUCCACGUAGUGGGAGGUAGUAACAGGUUAAGUACAGGAUUGCCUGACAGGGUGAAGUAUGGUGGGUGGUGCGACCACCUGGGCCACUUCGGUAACCAUGAAGGCCUGUCUGGAUGCAACCUGGAAACGCGCUGGCUAACGGGACUCUGGUUAGCCACUUAGGCUAAGAGAGUAAACCCUGAAAACAUCCCGGGUGGAUAUCAAGUGGCUAACGGCCCACCACGGUGGUGUGAAUUAGCCACAGUCCAGAUGGCCAAUGGCAUAUGGUGGAGAAGCCUUCCAAUCGUCUUGGUUUUCUGCCUCACCAUUGGACCUAAGCUUGGCUCCUGGUUAAGCCCCGUGCGGUAGGCUGGUGUGCUACACACACUGCGCAUACAUUAAUUCACACACUGACACCCUCCAGGGACACUGUGUUAUCGCACCACCACACUACACACCCAAAGCCCUUGGGCGACUGGCAUGUGGUGAGCGGGGCAGGCCUAUGCAGCUAGAAGCUCCUAGUAACAAACCAACACCAAGGCGGCAGCUAUUAGAAGGUCGUCAUGCACUCGGAUUAGGCAGGAGUGCAUCCCAGCAGCUGUAGCUGUGACUGAGCAUCCCACAAGGAUCCACUCUGCUCACCCCAAAUGGGUUAGGGGGCUAGAAAAGGUGCCCUAAACACAGCCUGCCUAGCAACAUCCUGUCUGGCUUACUGCGACCAGAGGGAGCAUCAAUAAUUGCGGUCGAAACUAAAAUAAAUAUAACCUAUAAAUGUGUAAUAAAGGUCGUUGAAGCGA